CGGAAGACAUCAGCACCUCCUUCAUCGAAGGAUCUGGGCAGCCGAGCAGAUCGAACGCUACCCAACUCAAACACUUGCCUCCUGCACGCUUGCCGUCACGCUUGGCACGGUCCAUUGCGCCCGCCUAUGAGCGAGAGCUGGGGGUGAGCAUGAUCGUACCAAGAUCAGGCGGAGAUGGGAGCGGACCAUGUUUUCGAGCAAGCUGCAGCAAGGUUGAUGCCCUAAGAACUGAAGAGAAGCUAGCUUGACGCUGUGUGAGCUACUGAUCCGUACGACACCUCCUGCGCUGGACCGUCACUCGUGCACCUGCGAUAGACGGGAGCCCAUUCCCCAUCGGCCUGCAAGACGCUGACGCGCUCGCGCACUGGCACCAGGCUCGACAUCAACGUCCCUCAGAAUGCCUCCCAAGGCUGACUGGGAAAAGACGGGCAAGCCAGAUGUGGAUCAGCCAGACGACAAAAUUCAGUCGCUCGACGAUGAUGAUAUCAAGAUCUUGCGGACCUACGGUCAAGGACCGUACGCCAUGAGGCUCAAAGCGAUUGAUGGCGACAUCAAAGCCAUCCAGAAACGCGUCAAUGAAAAGAUGGGGGUCAAGGAGACCGAUACGGGUCUGGCGAACCCGGCUCUAUGGGAUACAGCGGCCGACAAGCAACGUUUAGGCCAAGAAGGAGCGCUGCAGGUUGCAAGAUGUACAAAGAUCAUCCGUGCCCCCGAGCAGAGUCCAGAACAACAAGCUCUGAGUCAAGCUGCAUCUGCUGCCGGCACAUCUGCACCCAACGCUGACGAGAUGGACAAAUAUGUCAUCGACAUCAAGCAGAUCGCCAAGUUCGUCGUAGCGCUCGGCGACAAGGUCUCGCCUACAGAUAUUGAGGAAGGCAUGCGAGUAGGAGUGACGCGCGACAAGUACCAAAUCCAAAUUCCCUUGCCACCUCGGAUAGAUCCCUCAGUGACGAUGAUGCAGGUAGAAGAAAAGCCAGAUGUGACAUAUGCCGACGUAGGAGGCUGCAAAGAGCAAAUCGAAAAGCUGCGAGAAGUCGUCGAGACUCCCCUGCUAUCCCCAGAGAAGUUCGUCACGCUCGGUAUCGACCCGCCCAAAGGUGUACUCCUCUUCGGCCCGCCAGGCACAGGCAAGACACUCUGUGCGAGAGCGGUCGCCAAUCGAACCGAUGCUACGUUUAUCAGAGUCAUCGGGUCGGAGCUUGUGCAAAAGUACGUUGGCGAGGGAGCGAGAAUGGUCAGAGAGCUUUUCGAAAUGGCUCGCACCAAGAAAGCUUGUAUCAUCUUCUUCGACGAAGUGGACGCUAUAGGCGGUGCGAGAUUCGAUGACGGCGCAGGCGGCGAUAAUGAGGUCCAAAGAACAAUGCUCGAGUUGAUCAAUCAGCUAGACGGUUUCGAUGCCAGAGGUAACAUCAAAGUGCUCAUGGCCACCAACAGACCAGAUACACUCGAUCCGGCUUUGCUGCGACCAGGGCGAUUAGAUCGUCGCGUCGAGUUCUCAUUGCCAGACAACCCAGGUCGAGCAAUGAUCUUGCGUAUUCACGCUCGAAGCAUGUCGGUCGAACGCAACAUUCGCUACGAACUCAUCGCUCGCCUUUGUCCCAAUGCGACCGGUGCCGAACUCCGCUCAGUCUGCACCGAAGCAGGCAUGUUUGCCAUUCGUGCUAGGAGGAAGCUCGCCACCGAGAAGGACUUCCUUGCUUCCGUAGAAAAGGUCAUCAAGCAAGGAUCGAAAUUCUCCUCGACUGGACUCUAUGCGCAAUACAACGUUGGUCGCUUCUACCUUUUCCUCCCUUUAGCUCACUGGAUAUGCUUGCAGUGAUCAACGAUGAUAACACGUUGUGGCUGAGCAAAGUAAAGAAUGCAUCGCAGACUUUGUAUGCAACGCAGUGCAUUCUUUUCUCGCGGCCUACAACAAUUGCGUGUU